GAAUAUUUGUAGAUGAGAAAGAAAUUAAACCUGAAGAAACUAAAUCUGACACAGUAAAAUUGCCAUCAACGCCUUUUUCUUCUGAAUAUCUACCUUCUUCCUGUGAAAAUCUUCCGUCUCUUAAAACAAACACAACUCAACAUCUCUGCCCUUAUCCACCAGAACUUGACACUUUUUUCCGACGAACAUUUCAAAAAUUUGCUCGUAAACGUGUUUCUAAUUUACCUGAAUGGCCUAAAGGCUAUGCUCCAUGCUGGUUUUGGUCCAAAAGUGAUAAUUGGGGUACUUGCGCUAACGGUGCAAAAUAUCGAAUUACUACUAAUUACACUCAAUGGCGAGAUACCGAUAUAAUAUAUUUUGACUAUCCCUUCUUUUUAAAAAUAGAUGACCCACCUUAUUAUGAUAUGGAACUAUUGCCUCAUCACAAAGCUGGACUAGUUUGGUGGUAUCUAUUCUCUGAUGAAGGAUUAGAUCGUAUUCCCAAGUUUUAUGAAAUUCAUGCACCAUUUGAUAAAAAAAAACAAGAUGUUUUAGUUGCUUGGAUGGCUGGUAAUUGUGAUCCAGUGAAUAAUCGUAAUGAUUAUGUUAAAGAAUUAAUGCAACACAUAACAGUUCACUCAUUUGGAGGAUGUCUUCAUAAUCAAGAAUUACCAGAAUCUAUUCGCGAGAAAUAUGGCAUGAAUAACGAUGAUACCGCUUAUUAUACAAAACAUAUGUAUGAUGUAAAAAUGGAUACUUUCGCAUUCUAUAAAUUUCAACUUGCUUUCGAAAAUUCCAAUUGUAAAGGUUACGUAACUGAAAAAGUUUAUGAUUCUUUCCUAAGUGAUUCUAUCCCCAUAUAUAUGGGUGCGCCUGAUAUUGAUGAUUAUGUUCCUUCAAAUUCAGUUAUAAAAGUUACAGAUUUUGAAAAUGUUGAAGACCUUGCUAAAUACAUUUAUAAG